UGCAAUAGUCCCUGCGAGGGAGACUGACAAUGUGCAAUAUGAGAGGCGGGAGGAGCCGGUACACCUGUGCAAGACUGAAGGGGAGGAGCCAGUACACCUGUGCAAGACUGAAGGGGAGGAGCUGGUACACCUGUGCAAGACUGAAGGGGAGGAGCCAGUACACCUGUGCAAGACUGAAGGGGAGGAGCCGGUACACCUGUGCAAGACUGAAGGGGAGGAGUCGGUACACCUGUGCAAGACUGAAGGGGAGGAGCCAAUACACCUAGUCAAGACUGAAGGGGAGGAGCCGGUACACCUGUGCAAGACUGA